GUCCCAGCCUCACACACCAACUUUCAUGAUAGGCUAACACUCCAUACUGGUACCUGACUGCAAGCCGUGUCUCUAGUCCUCCCUCUUAGCACCAAAAUUGAUGCCUCUGGUGGCGUCUCAGUGAGAGAGACACCACCUUCGGCCCAUGGCCGAUAUUCUGCAGGCUCCUACACUAGGAAAGAACAAUAUUCUAAAGGAGAUACCAUACAACUCGUAAGCUACAAACCCUUUACAUCUGUUCUGCUCCGAGGGUCUUUUCUUUGAGUGUUCUCCAGCCAGAGGUAACCAUGUCCAGGAGGAAGGUUAGGGGACUGACACGAACGGGGCGGCAGGUGAGCGAGGACCCUGAUCUGGACAACCUGCUGUCCAACCUGUCCCCUGAGGAGAUGGAGGAGCUGGAGAAGGAGGUGUUGGUGAUACCGGACCUGGAUCCCAACGAGGGAAUAGAACAGCCUGCCACUAACGCUGUCCGGGACCGGGAUGCUAAGCUGGACAGCAGAGAGCAUCCAGGGAAGCUCAGCCAAAGGGAACAGUCUAUUGAGGGAGAACCCAAGAAGGAGAGCCGGAAACAAGAGUACCUGAGGAAGAUGGGCCUGAGUCAGGAGGGGAAGGAAGGAGGAGGGAUCAGGAGGCAAUCAAGUAUCUCCACUGAACGAGAUAACAAGAUGGUGGAGAGAAAUAACAAAGGCCCGGACUGUACUAAAGAGGACAGAGCCAGCCUGUCCAGUAGAUACAGGAGAGAGGAGAGCAAAGAAAAAGAUGUGAAAGAGACCCCUAGAGAAAGCUUCAAAAGAGUUGAGAGUAGCGACACUGACGUGAAAGAUACAACUAGAGACAGAUUCGGGAGAGGGGAGAGUAGGGACAUUGUAGAGAAAGAGGAUGCCAAAGAAAGAGAUAAAAAUGAGGAUAGCAAGCUUAAGGAGAAAAGAGACAAUAGAUUGAGCACCAGUAAUAAGACAAAAGAAAUGAUCUCCAAGUUACAGGAGAAAAAGGAAAAAGAGGAGAUCAAGGAGAAAGAAAGAAAGGAGGAGAGUAGGAAAAGAGGUGAAAACAAGACAAGGGGACUUGUGUCAAAGUUGGUGGAAAAGCAAAGUCACAUUGAAGAGAGUAAACCAGAAGAUAAGAAAUCCAGAGUGGAAGAGAAAGACAAGCCCAAUAAAGACAAGUUUGACUUGAAACUUGAGCGUCAAAAGUCACCAAAAGAAGAGGAGAGCGGAAGUGAGAAGGAAGAUUCUAAGGAGAAAGUGAAAGAAGAUGGUAAGGAUAAUGAGAAAGACAUGGUGUUAAAACGUAAGGACAGUAUGAAAGCGAAAGAUAGGAGUAUCACAGAUAAGGAAACAGAAGAGAAAAAGGGAAAAUAUUUGAAUGAAGGACUAAAAUCCAUCAAGGGUGACGAACAACGUGGGAACUGUGUGGCGAACAAGAGCACACCUAUCAAGCCCAAAGUAGAGGAGGAAGAAGACGAGGACUCCAGCAUGUUCGAUGACCUCAUAGAGCAGGUUCGCAGCAACGACCCCACCAUGGCCGAGCUCAACGUCAACAACUCUGAGGUCAUCAAGGCUAAAACACUCAUCCAGUUUGCAGAGGCCUUGAAUAAAAACACCCACAUUAAGACAUUCGCCUUGGCCAACUGCCGUGCUGAUGACCAUGUGGCCUACGCCAUCGCUGGCACCUUGCGCAGCAACACGUCCAUCACAAGCAUCAACCUGGACUCAAACCUUCUCACCCCCAAGGGUAUAAUGUCCUUGAUCCAGGCCUUGCAGAAAAACACUACACUCACUGAGCUGCGCUUCCACAACCAGAGGCACAUCUGUGGGGGCAAGACAGAAAUGGAAAUGACCAAGAUAUUGAAAGACAACACCACCCUCCUGAAGCUGGGCUAUGGCUUUGAGCUUGCCGGCCCACGCAUGACCAUGACCAACAUCCUGAGCCGUAACAUGGACAAGCAGAGACAGCGGCGCCUACAGGAGCAGAAGCUGGCCCAGGCCAAUGGUGAGAAGAAAGGGGCGCUGGAGGUCCCCAAAACUGCUGGAGGAUUCCUCCGGGGUUCCCCCAAGGCUUCCCCUACACCCUCCCCACAUCCCUCACCAAUGCCAUCGCCGAAGUUGACUCCUAAAAGAGGACGAGGAGGGGGACCUCCUCCACCCCCUCCUCCUGGAGGACCACCCCCACCUCCACCGCCCAUGCUGGACAUAGACUCCCUGCGCAACUCCCUGACGCCUGCAUCACAGAGGAAGAUGGAUGAUAAGGCCAAUAAAGCCGGUGUUAACUCCAGGGACCAACUGCUGGACUCCAUUAGGAAUGCCAAUAUGAAGAAACUGAAGAAGGUUGCGGUACCAAAGCUGUUGCAGUAGUCCUCUGGAAUCGAGACCAUAACCCAAGAAAUAGGAAGGAUAUAGAUCUCACAGGUGGUCUUGAGCGUGGAUCAAAACUCCUACACAUCCCAUGCAUAGAUAGACACACAGUCUGACCACUGUGCUGUGAGGUUGAUAAGGCAGGCAAGCAGAGAAUGAACAGAUGAUUUCUAUUGGAUGCACGGCUUCCACUGUGCCGUGAGUUCUCUCUAAGCUAUACACUGGACCGCAGGGACCCUGUGGAGGGAGUUUUUCAGCAGGACGUGCCCUGAGGUCCUAUUUGUCUGCCUUUGUCUGUGUUGAUACUUUGCCUGUUAUUUGCACUAGAUUAUGAAGAAGUUCAUAUGGUAUGUGGACAAGCAUAUGUGGCAUGACGUGUACAGGAUAAUGUGGGGGAGUGGUAACUGAAAAGCAGGUCAAACAGUUUUCUGUAAAUUCUAUACAAAUCUACUUUAACAUUCAUUGAAAAAUUGGACUGUAAUUUGACAGUUUAUUUAUUUGUGGAGGGAAUCACCUCAUGGCUUGUGACAUAUAAUUUUGCCAAAACUGCUGAUUCUCCAUGGUAUAUUAUCAGGGAAUUAAAAUGGGGUUAGACUUCAACAAUUCACAGGGGGAGGAGAGAGGUGGUUUGUAAUGUGUGUCGUGAUUCUCCAUGGUAUAUUAUCAGGGAAUUAAAAUGGGGUUAGACUUCAACAAUUCACAGGGGGAGGAGAGAGGUGGUUUGUAAUGUGUGUCGUUGCCAAAUCUCAAGACUGACAUCUCAGGCAAAGUUUUCACAUAAAAAGCAACCUAUAAUCCCAGUCUUCUUUGAACGAUUCAGUAUGAAGUUCAGUCUUUGAACGAUUCAGUAAGGAAGUUCAGUCUUCUUUGGAUGUAACAAUGGUCGCCCUUUUAGUAAUAACAACGUUAUGUAUAAAGCUAUUUUCAUACAUUUUGCUUAAAGUGCAAAAAAUGAUAAUUCUAACAGAAGAAAAAAAAAUGACACUAACAUGUCAGAGCAGCCUUGUCAGAGCAGCCUUGUUGUCAGAGCAGCCUUGUUGUCAGAGCAGCCUUGUCAGAGCAGCCUUGUUGUCAGAGCAGCCUUGUUGUCAGAGCAGCCUUGUCAGAGCAGCCUUGUUGUCAGAGCAGCCUUGUCAGAGCAGCCUUGUUGUCAGAGCAGCCUUGUUGUCAGAGCAGCCUUGUUGUCAGAGCAGCCUUGUUGUCAGAGCAGCCUUGUUGUCAGAGCAGCCUUGUCAGAGCAGCCUUGUUGUCAGAGCAGCCUUGUUGUCAGAGCAGCCUUGUUGAGCUAUGCAAUACUAGCUCCCGAGUGGUGCAGCGGUCUAAGGCACUGCAUCUCAGUGCUAGAGGUGUCACUACAGACCCUGGUUCGAUCCCGGGCUGUAUCACAACCGGCCGUGAUCGGGAGUCCCAUAGGGCGGCGCACAAUUGGCCCAGCGUCGUCCUGGUUAGGGGAGGAUUUGGCCGGGGUAGGCCGUCAUUGUAAAUCAGAAUGUGUUCUUAACCGACUUGCCUAGUUAAAUAAAAAAUUAAAUAAAAUACAAAAUAAUAAUAAAUAACAUAACUUUAAAGUUGGAUGUGAUGUUGUACAGAGUGUCUCGCUGCUCUAAAAGUGACUAUUGAUUAUUUGUAUGCAUAAUGUGGUUUCUCUGUCAUAUUGGACUUCACUAACUUACAGAGCUUGUGUACCUUUAAUAAAAUGUACUUAUAUGUUUGCAAUUGAAAGUGUAAUAUAAUCAACUUUAUUUUAACAACUUUGCAAUGAAGUACAACAAGAAUAGAGGUAAAAAUACUUUGUCUAACAACAAGAUACCUAAUGAGGUAAUAUCUAUCCAUUAUUUGAUAGUACAGUACUGAUAAAGAAAAUGUGAGGGAUACUUUUACUGUAUUUUGUUUAAAUGUUAAACUUCUAUUAAAAAUAUUUUCCUUUCAGGGGGACAUUCCCAUUAAAAAAAGAUCUUUAUACAAUUUCUUCUGCUUGAGAAGUAUUCAGUAGGCUAUGUCUGUCUAUUGCUUGGUUGACAGAAUCAGGAAUCAUUUCCAGCAUCUAUAUAAGAUAUGUUGUCUUGGUAGAGCCCUGUAACCUGCAAUGAUUUUGAAGCUUUGUGACCGAAUGGACCAUUCGGUGUGUCAUGCCUGAGUAUACAAUGUCAAAUGGAUCCUAAUAAAAUGUUUGCGUACA